UCCCGGAAGGCAGGAGGAAACUUUCCCCUGCAGUUGGCCAACGGCAGUAAGAGGCGGAGGGCGGGGCCAGGAGCAUUCUGUUGCGGCCACUCAGCGUUUGGCUUCCUGUGACGUCACGUCCAAUGAGCAGCUAGCGCGGGACUUUCAAUUCUCGUCCCGCCCACUUGGGAAAGGCUGUGGCUAUAAAAGAUGCGGCGGCGGCCCACUAGCACUCGUUUCGCUCUUGCUUCUCGAGGUGGUGAGUGUCUCAGUACACCAUGGCCCGCACGAAGCAGACCGCUCGCAAGUCGACCGGUGGCAAGGCCCCGCGAAAGCAGCUUGCCACCAAGGCGGCCCGCAAGAGCGCGCCGGCCACGGGCGGCGUGAAGAAGCCUCACCGCUACCGGCCCGGCACCGUGGCCCUGCGCGAGAUCCGCCGCUACCAGAAGUCCACCGAGCUGCUGAUCCGCAAGCUGCCGUUCCAGCGGCUGGUGCGCGAGAUCGCACAGGACUUCAAAACCGACCUGCGUUUCCAGAGCUCGGCGGUGAUGGCGCUGCAGGAGGCGAGCGAAGCCUACCUGGUGGGGCUGUUCGAGGACACCAACCUGUGCGCCAUCCACGCCAAGCGCGUCACCAUCAUGCCCAAGGACAUCCAGCUGGCCCGCCGCAUCCGCGGGGAGCGAGCUUCUUUCCUGCCCUCGCUGCCGUUCACCCGCGCCUGCGCACUAACUGCAGCUGGCUCCGCCGCCAGUUUUGAAAUCAUCAGCCCAGAGAUCCGCUUGACACCCCCACGCCGCGCCAGGCGCCGGAUAGCUGGCUUGGUGAUCCCCUGGAUGUUAUCUCGCAGGACUUUGCGACUGUUUCAGGUUUCUCCAGGUCAGAGAUACAAUAUGGCCCGCACGAAGCAGACCGCUCGCAAGUCGACCGGUGGCAAGGCUCCGCGAAAGCAGCUUGCUACCAAGGCGGCCCGCAAGAGCGCGCCGGCCACGGGCGGCGUGAAGAAGCCUCACCGCUACCGGCCCGGCACCGUGGCCCUGCGCGAGAUCCGCCGCUACCAGAAGUCCACCGAGCUGCUGAUCCGCAAGCUGCCGUUCCAGCGGCUGGUGCGCGAGAUCGCACAGGACUUCAAAACCGACCUGCGUUUCCAGAGCUCGGCGGUGAUGGCCCUGCAGGAGGCGAGCGAAGCCUACCUGGUGGGGCUAUUCGAGGACACCAACCUGUGCGCCAUCCACGCCAAGCGCGUCACCAUCAUGCCCAAGGACAUUCAGCUGGCCCGCCGCAUCCGCGGGGAGCGAGCUUAAGUAAGGAGAGCCCGCUCGGCUCGAACCCUGUCUCAUCCAAAGGCUCUUUUCAGAGCCACCACAUUUUCAUAAAGGGCGG